AGAUACACCGCAAACAAUAUUCCAAAUUCUUAACUAUAUCAAUGGCGACUUCUCUGUUUUCUAGGUCUAUUUUGAGUUUGGCUCUGCUUGUUCUUGUUAUGCUGACGGGAAGCACAACUGCUCAGCUCUCAACAAAUUUUUACUCUCGUUCUUGUUCCAAACUCUUCCCCACUGUCAAAUCCACCAUGCAAUCCGCCAUCAACAGAGAAAAAAGAAUCGGUGCCUCCAUUCUUCGCUUGUUCUUCCAUGACUGUUUUGUCAACGGAUGCGACGGGUCGAUUCUACUUGACGACACAUCCUCCUUCACCGGCGAGAAAAAUGCAGCUCCCAAUCGGAGAUCGGCUCGUGGGUUCGAAGUGAUCGAUAACAUCAAGUCGGCGGUGGAGAAUGUGUGUCCUGGUGUGGUUUCAUGUGCUGACAUUUUGGCCAUUGCUGCUAGAGACUCUGUUUCCAUUCUUGAAGGACCAAAGUGGGAAGUCAAGGUAGGGAGAAGAGAUGCAAGAACAGCAAGCCAAUCCGCUGCAAACAGAAACAUCCCUCCUCCAACUUCAAACCUAAACCAGCUUAUCUCCAGUUUCAGCAACGUGGGUCUUUCCACCAGAGACAUGGUUGCUCUCUCCGGGGCCCACACGAUUGGACAAGCAAGGUGCACGAAUUUCAGGGCUCGCAUAUACAACGAGACCAAUAUUGAUUCUUCUUUCGCAACAACAAGACAAGGGAACUGUCCGAGGAGCUCUGGAUCUGGAGAUGAUAACUUGGCGCCGCUUGACUUGCAGACUCCCACAGAUUUUGACAACAACUAUUUUCAGAAUUUGAUCAACAGGAAAGGCUUGCUCCAUUCUGAUCAGCAGCUUUUCAACGGCGGUUCUACUGAUUCUCUGGUGCGCACCUAUAGUAACAACCCCGGAGCCUUUAACUCUGAUUUUGUUUCUGCCAUGAUCAAGAUGGGAGAUAUCAAACCCCUCACGGGAUCAAGGGGAGAGAUCAGGAAGAAUUGCAGGAGGGUGAAUUAACUUUAAAAUUUAAAUGCUGGGUCAUUGAGCUUCAUUAAAAGAAAGAAUAAGGUGGGUUUGUUUAGGCAUAUAGAUACGUGGGUGGGUUUCAAGAUUUAUAUAUGUUUCCUGAGCAAGUUUCUUUUUUUCCUUUUCCUUUUCCUGUUUCUGGGAGGUCUUAAAUAUGUUUGCUAAGUAAAAAGGAAGGUUGGUUUUCUGGUUAA